CUCCACAUAUAUAUUCUAGGGUCCCAAAAUACUUGAUCUUUCACAAAAGUUAGCUCCAAAUUUGUUUUUAUUUAUUUAUUAUUAUUAUUUUUUUUAGUUUUUUGUGAAUAUUUUUUUUAAUUAUAUCUACGUAGUAGAAGAUAACAUUUCAAUUAAUGCCAAAAUUGGUAAAGUCGGGAUUAUAUAUGUGAUCAAUUUGGCUAAUGAACAUAUAGAUUGUACACUAUCGACUUUUGUAAAACUAGGUAGCAAAUUUGCGAACCCAUACCCAUUUCGCGUAAUAAAAUUAAAGUGUACUACAUACCAAUUACCAAGUAACAUUACCCAUACACAACAAUAAUUCUCAUUCAAUAUUCGACUCGUAAAGUCGUACUAGUUUAUCUUUGAAAGGUGUAGAGUACACAAUUAAGCAAGCAUGGACGUAUGCACCAACGGCUCCCAACUCGACUACGAUCGCGUAAAAGAGCUGCAAGCCUUUGAUGCUACGAAGGCAGGGGUGAAAGGGCUGGUUGAUUUAGGUACAAAAGCAAUUCCUAGGAUAUUCAUUCGACCGCCAGAGGAGCUCGUACAAGAGCUUAGCACACCUUGUGUUAAGCUCGAGGUUCCAGUGAUAAAUUUUGAAGGGAUUGAUCGUAGUAAGGAUCGUUACAACGAGGUUGUCGAACAAGUCUUAGAUGCAUCAGAAAAUUGGGGAUUUUUUCAAGUUGUAAAUCAUGGGAUUUCUUCGGAAGUGUUGGAUAAGAUGUUGCAGGGGAUUCGGAGUUUCUUUGAGCAGGAUGAUGAGGUAAAGAAGAAUUUUUAUAGCCGUGACAUGACAAAACAAGUUAAGUAUAUGUCUAAUUAUGAUCUUUAUAAUUCUCGGGCUGCGAAUUGGAGGGAUACUUUGGCAGUUGACACUUAUAAAAUUGAUUAUCUCGAUCCCAAUGAGUUACCUGAAAUAUGCAGGGAUGCGAUGUUGGACUAUUUUAACCAAGUACUGAAGCUAAGUGAUGUUCUACUAGAGUUACUAUCUAUGGGUCUUGGACUCGAACCUAAUUAUUUGAAAGAAACCGAAUGUACCAAGGGAUGGGCUUCAAUAAACCACUACUACCCUGCUUGUCCUGCUCCAAAAUUGACCUUAGGAACAUGCAAACACACUGAUCCUGCAUUCCUCACUAUACUAUUGCAAGACCAAAUUGGUGGCCUCCAAGUCCUUCACAAAAAUCAAUGGGUCGACGUUCAGCCAAUUCCGGGAGCCCUUGUUAUAAAUAUCGGUGAUAUCCUUCAGAUUAUUUCCAACGACAAAUUAAAAAGUGUUAAUCAUAGAGUGACUGCUAAUCAAGUUGGUCCAAGAAUUUCAUCAGCAUUCUUUCUUAAAGGUAUUUCAUCAUCCUCAAAGUUGUACGGACCAAUUAAAGAGUUGUUAUCGGAAAAAAAAAAUCCAGCUAUUUAUAGAGAGUUCACUCUCGAUGCAUUUUAUGCACAUUUCUUCUCACGGCCCCUCGAUGAUGCUGGAUUUGAGUACUUAAAAAUACAAAAUCAUGGAGAUGGCAUGUAGAAAGAAAAUUCGAGGUUGAUGACUUGAGGUGAUGGAGCAGGGGCGUCACUGGAUUUGGGAUCCAAAUGUGUGCUAUUUCUAGGUGUUUUUUUGACGUCUAUUUGUUUAUCUUACGGAGUAUUCCCUCUGUUUCUUAAUACAAUACCUCUUUCUCUUUA